AACUAGAAUUCCUACAAAUUUGGACUCACAUUAAAGUUUGAGUCUUUCUCUGUUUUUGAGGGCUCUUUGAAUCUCACUCUUCUUCUUCAGCGACCCAGUACCAGGUUUGGUCUUGGUUGAUCACUUGUGGAAAGUUUGUUUCUUUUGGAAUUUAGUUAGUAUUGGUGGUGCUCAAGUUUGAAGCUUUGGUUAUAUAAUUUAGUUCGGGAUCGUAUAGUUAUGAUCCUUUCUGGGUUUGGCUCAGGAUGAAUUAAUGAACAAUCAGAAAGAGGCGAUUCGUGUGUGCUGUUGUGGAAGAAGUGGAGAUCACAGUGUCAAUGCUUGUAGGAAUUGUUCGGAUUCAUGGUGAUAUAUAUAGAAGCUUGAGUGUGAUGAUAAAUGAUGGUUUUUGGUCGUCUUGGAGAUUUAAGCUGAAGGUUAUCUAGUGGGGUUACUUUGAAGUAUUUAGGACGGGGUUGCACGAUUUUGGACAUGAGAAGCUCCUGGUUGAGUAAACUGUCUCUCAUUUUUGGCCCUAGACCGCCACUCAACUGGUUACUCUUGUGCCUUGUGAGUGUACUUGCACUAAUUGCGGUGUUGGGAUCAUCAUCUUCAAGCUCAUUUGAUUCUUUAACCCCCAGUUCAGUACCAGACAUUUACACAAACUAUAGGAGGCUAAAGGAGCAAGCGGCAGUUGAUUACUUGGAGCUGAGGUCUCUCUCACUGGGGGGUAGUAAAGAAAAAGAGCUCGGCCUUUGUGGCAGAGAUAAAGAACACUCUGUGCCUUGUUACAAUGUUUCAGCAAAUCUUUUAGCUGGGUAUAAAGAUGGGGAGGAGUUUGAUCGGCAUUGUGAAGUAUCAAGAGACAGAGAACAGUGUCUAGUUCGUCCCCCUAAAGACUAUAAGAUCCCUCUGAGGUGGCCAGCUGGUAGGGAUGUGAUAUGGAGUGGAAAUGUGAAGAUAACCAAAGACCAAUUUCUGUCAUCUGGAAGCAUGACCAAAAGGUUGAUGUUACUAGAAGAAAAUCAAAUUGCCUUUCACUCUGAGGAUGGUUUGAUUUUUGAUGGUGUCAAGGAUUAUUCUCGUCAAAUUGCGGAGAUGCUGGGUUUGAGCAGUGACUCUGAAUUUCCACAAGCUGGUGUUCACACAGUACUAGAUAUUGGUUGUGGUUUUGGUAGCUUUGGUGCUCAUUUAGUAUCCCUAAAGUUAAUGGCUAUUUGUAUUGCGGCAUAUGAGGCAACUGGCAGUCAAGUUCAGUUGGCCCUUGAGAGAGGUCUUCCUGCAAUGAUUGGCAACUUCAUCGCAAGACAACUUCCAUAUCCGUCACUGUCAUUUGAAAUGGUUCAUUGUGCUCAAUGUGGUAUUCUUUGGGACAAAAAAGAUGGGAUACUUCUUUUAGAAGUUGACCGGGUACUCAAGCCUGGAGGUUACUUUGUUUUAACCUCACCCACAAACCAGCCAUAUGGAAGUUCAUUGACUAUGAAGGAGGGCGUAGCUACAGACUCUUCACCGCUGGAAGAAUUAACCCAAAAAAUCUGUUGGACUCUUCUAUCUCAAAAAUACGAAACUUUUAUCUGGCAGAAAACUGUGGAUUCGAAUUGCUAUUCAUCUCGCAAGCAGGGUGCGAUUCCACUUUGUCAAGAAGAGCACGAGCUUCAAUCAUACUAUAAGCCCCUAGUAUCGUGUAUAAGUGGGACCAUGAGAGUUCAGCCUGAUGAUUUCUUUGAAGACUUACAGGUUUGGAGAUCAGCUUUAAAGAACUACUGGUCUUUGCUUACCCCCUUGAUUUUCUCUGACCACCCCAAGAGACCAGGCGAUGAAGACCCUUUACCUCCCUUCAACAUGAUACGCAAUGUGCUCGACAUGAGUGCUCAUUACGGGGGUUUAAAUGCUGCUUUUCUGGAGGAAAAGAAAUCAGUCUGGGUGAUGAAUGUUGUGCCUGUUAAUGCUCCCUAUACUCUCCCUCUCAUACUAGAUCAAGGUUUUGCUGGUGUUUUGCAUGACUGGUGCGAACCAUUUCCCACAUAUCCUCGAACAUAUGAUCUGCUGCAUGCAAAUGGGCUGCUCUCACUCCUGUCUUCAGAGAGAUGCAGCAUGAUGGACUUAUUCUUGGAGAUGGACCGGAUCCUGCGCCCUGAGGGCUGGGUUGUUCUCUCUGAUAAAGUGGGACCUAUAGAGAUGGCACGCAUGUUUGCUACCCAAGUACGUUGGGAAGCAAGGGUGAUUGACCCUCAGAAUGGCAGUGACCAGAGACUACUCGUAUGCCAGAAACCAUUUGUGAAAAAAUGAUUGUUUUACUUCAGGAGGUCUCGUCAUUGCGGAAAUGUACAUUUUUCUUUUAGCUCUGAUUAUGAUCAAUUUGGCAACAGACAUACAUGCUCAGAAUCCGAAGAACCUUGAAGAUGCUCAUCAGUCAUGACUGGACUAGGAGCAUGUGGAAGCUGUAGAUUAGAAGGCUUGGCACAGAAGUAGCUGCAACUCAAUUUUGUUAAGGCGUUUGUAGCAAUUCAUUCAUCCAUAUUUUUUUUCUUUGUUACAUUUUCUCUAAUGUUUUCUCUCGUUUUAUUUUUAUUUUUAUUUUUUUAUAUUAAUCUUGAUAAUGAACUUCACGUUCUUGUAAGAACAAAGCAAUACUGUUGAGUAAAGAAUGUCGGUACGUCCACGAAGUGUAUAUGUACUGA